GUCAUGCCCCGCACAAGCUCCAAAUGUACUCGUAUUCUUGCAGUUAACAUUAACACUUCCUCGCCACACAAGGUUCAUCCUUCACUUUAUUACAAUUCAAAUCUUGCUGUAGCCGCAAACUCUCCCUAUCUUGCCAUAUCCUCAAUCUCAAACUCUCUCCACGAUGACUUUCCAACAAGAACUAAGUUCUUGGAAGUCUCCCAAAUCACUAACAACCUAUCCAGUUCCAGAGAUUGGAGAAAAGGCACCCACUUCCUCAAUACUUCCAACUUCAUGUUCUAAUGGCAAGCCAGCCAUAAUCACCUUUCUGCGACACUGUGGAUGUCCAUGUGUGUAUUUUGCCCUUCCACAAGGCAUGUCAAAACUAAUACUGAUUAUCUAUCGCAGUUGCCGAAAAGACCUUCCAGCAACUUCGCAGGUUUGCAGGCAAAUAUCCUGAAAUCAACUUCAUCGCCGUCUCCCACUCAGACCAGAAAGCAACCGACAACUGGGUCAUAUCAGUUGGCGGACAAUGGGAUGUACAGCUAGUUGUAGACGAGGAGAGAGAAGCAUACGCGCAGUGGGGUUUGGGAGUCUCAUCAGCAUGGCACGUCCUCAACCCGUGGUCGCUUUACUCCGCAUACCGACUCGGAAGGCAAGAGAAGAUCUGGAACAAACCUACCGAAAGUGGCAGUCGUUGGCAAACUUCUGGAAGCUUUGCGAUUGACGAGCGAGGUGUGGUAAAAUGGGCCAAGAUUGCAAGUGCUGCUGAUGAGGUUCCCGAUUUCAAGGACGCACUGAAGGCUGUUGGAGUGGAUGGAUGAAAGGAUUUUGAAGAGAGGAGAGAAGGUAUAUACACAAACCCAACUUGACGACAAAGCUGUAUAAAUGCCGGGUCAGCUUAUUGGAGAGGAGCUAUCACGACGCCCUUUUAUCUCACGCCAUAUCAUUAUGCCCAAGUCUACAAGGGGUCGGCAAAAGGACUUUUGAUCACAUUUCUUUGGAAGUUAGCAGAAUAUUGCUGUUUUUUCACAGAAUUGAGGUUCGUUCACAUGAAUCUUCUUUUGGAGAAAAUUUGCUGAAUGCAUCUACUUAGAGGUUAUCUGAUUUGAGGUCAAGGUCAGAUGUUCAAUACACGUUGUUUUAGGGCAGCAUAUUUGCCCAUGUUAUGGUUACGAGAGGUCAGCACAAUAUUCUAGUUUAGAAAUCACACUUUAGAAUUUUGCAUUUGCCUAAUCUUUCUUCCAGAGUCCCUCAUUGUGCUAUAAUAACCCUCAUUUCAUUACAUUAACCUACUGUUUCCGCUUCUUGGUUAUGAAGAGAGAGUGAGAAGAGGCGUGCCAGGAAGAUGUCUUAUUUGGUAAUUUAUUUAGAGGUGAGGGAGAAUUGUGGAUUUGUGGUUUGUGGUUAGAGGGUUAGAGGGUAGUUGUGUGGAGGGUGUUUGGCGGAGGGAGUAAGUGAGUGAGUGAGGUGUGGCAAAUUCAAUUGAAUGGACGUGAAGUUAUAU